AUGUCAACGCCGUCAGACCCCCCACCGCCCUACGAUGCAGCAGCCAAAACACCCCUUCUAUCAAACCGCAAGUCGCCAGGCCCAUCUGAUUCGAAAAGAGGGCCCCAAGGUCCACCGCCUCCUCGCGGACCGCCUCCGCCGCUCAGCAUACCCGUGUUAGACGAAUUGCGACGAAAGCGCGUCAUUCUUGCCUCGGCAUCUCCUCGACGAAAGCAGCUCCUUGCCCAGCUCGGACUUCAAAACGUACACAUAGUGCCCUCGCAGUUUGGCGAAGACCUCUCACACGACCUCGGCGCGAUCAACUACGUCCUUGAAACCGCAACUGCAAAAGUGCAAGACGUAUACCGCCGCGAAAUCGAUAACACAGAUCAAGGCGAGCCAGCGCUGUUCAUUGGCGCAGAUACAAUCAUCGUUAGUCAUGAUGGCAGGAUACUUGAGAAGCCAAGAGGCGCCGAACACCAUAUUUCUAUGCUGAAGAUGCUGAGGGACCAGGGUCAGCACAAAGUCAUGACGGCUGUGGCAGUGAUGAAGCCAUUAGAAAGUGCCAUGGACCCAGGGUACAGGCUGGAGACGCACGUUGAGGAGACAACGGUGAAAUUUGACCCAUUAGUCACAGACGAACUCAUCCUUGCGUAUGUGCGGACGCGUGACGGCAAUGACAAAGCUGGCGGCUAUGGUAUUCAAAGCGGAGGUGCUGUUCUUAUUGAGCGCAUCGAAGGGUCGUAUGAUAAUGUUGUCGGACUACCCAUACGCGCAACAUUGACCCUGAUUGAAAAGAUCAUGGAGCCCGAAGAGGAGUUGGACGACGAGAUGGAUGAUAUGUUCGUCAGGGAAGGCGACUAG